AUGGCCAAAAAUGGAAAGAACUCACGAUUGUCUCCUUCUCGGGCCUCAACGACAGUGAAAUCUACCCCUGCGUCCGCAUCUCAGAGAAGGCGGAUCCUCACAACUCUGACGAUUUCUCUGCUGCUAGAUUUGAUCUCAUUCACCUUGAUUCUCCCUCUCUUCCCAUCCGUGCUCGGCUACUAUCACGCGAAAGAGACCUCACCUACGAGCACACUCAACCGUGUGUUCCACUACUUGAAUGUGUACAAGAAUUGGUUCGCGAAACCCAUCGAUUCGAGCUAUGACAUUGUCCUACUUGGCGGCGCAUUCGGCUCGCUGUUCUCUCUCUUACAGGCUGUAGCCUCUCCUGUUAUCGGACGGCUUUCGGACCAGCAUGGCCGGCGCAAAGCUUUGUUGUGUUCCUUGGCUGGCAACAUUCUGAGCGUCGGGCUCUGGGUCGGCGCGACAGAUUUUCGGGUAUUCAUCGCGAGCCGCGUCGUUGGUGGACUGAGCGAGGGCAACGUGCAAAUAGCCAAUUCAAUUAUCACAGAUAUCAGUGAUGAAAAGCAACGGGGAUCGGCUAUGGCUCUCGUUGGCGCAUGCUUUAGCCUCGCGUUUAUCUGCGGUCCGGUUCUGGGUGCAACGCUCGCAAAUAUACCCACGACUGCUUCAAACAAGUUUGCCAUGGCUGCUGGUGUCUCCCUUUUUCUGAUCGCCUUAGAGACAAUUUAUGUCUACUUUUCUCUCCCGGAGACACACCCGCGAUUAAGCCGGUUCCACGACCCUGGUCCUCCUGCUGCCACACUAGUCGAUAAAGACAAGUCCCGGCCCAGGGUACCAACGGUGGUUAACGGUGAUGCAUCAAAGGCCUCGGUGAAUGGCGACAAAUCGUCUUCAAAUGCUCCUCGGAACCGAGACAUCAAGGUGAGAAUGCGCAACGAGUCUGCCUUGAAAUUAGUCCAUCUCUUCUUUCUGCUCCCAUUCUCAGGUCUUGAGUUCUCGCUCCCAUUUCUCACGGCGACGCUGUAUGCCGAUCAAGCAAGUGCCAUGGGCCCUUCUGCCAGCCAAACGAGUACUUUGAGCCCCUCUGCCUUGAAUGGGCGUCUUCUUUCCCUAAUGGGCCUCAUUGCUUCUUUGCUCCAGGGUACUAUUGUUCGCCGUCUACCGCCGAUUGUGAACAUACGCCUCGGUGUGGUUGCUUGCACGAUCUCAUUUUUUCUGCUUGCUCGUGUUGAUUCGAUGAGCGGUGUCUAUGUCGCAGGCAUCUUUCUGGCUGUCACCUCAGCAACGGUGGUGACAAGCAUUAAUAGUCUAGGUAGCUUAGGAGCACCCGAGGGCGAACGGGGUAUAAUUCUGGGCCGUCUACGCAGCUGGGGGCAGGUGGGUAGAGCAGUCGGUCCAUUUCUUUUCUGCUCCCUCUUUUGGUGGGCUGGGAGGGAAGUUGCCUAUAUGACAGGAGGUGUGAUGAUGAUAGGCGUUGUGGGAGCUGUUUUCACUGUGCUUAAAUGA